AUGGUGUGGGACGACGACAACAUCAUCAAUAGCGGCGAAUAUGACAUUGAUUCCACUGGAGAGGAUGCAAUGGAGCUGGAGAUCUUGUUCUUGACGGCGGGAAGGACUUCGCCGACCAUGAUACGAAUCCGGAGUAGAAGGCCGGAUUGGAAAUCGGCUCUUCUUUCAACGACAACCAUGACUAUCGAGGGGACGCCGAGAUGA